UCGAGGUGUGAUGUCGUCAUGAGAGUCCGUGGAAACGCUGGUCGCCUGGAAACCGGGGAGCUGGUUGUGUUGCUAAGGAGCGCUACUGCCGCCUGUCCGGGGAACCUGAGGCCUGCAGAUUGGAGACAUGGACGCCACUACGAAGCCCCUGAGAAUCCCCCCGAACAUGGCUGUGUAUGCAGAGGAGCACAACGUCUUCGAUAUCAUCCAGAAAAUGGUGCAAAAGCUCCUCAUUGACAGACCAGAAGAUCCCAUCCAGUAUAUGAUUGACCACUUGCGGAAGGAUAAUGAUGACGUACCACGAAUUAUUGUUUUGGGCCCACCUGCAUCAGGAAAACACACUAUAGCAAAGAUGCUAUGUAAGCGUAUGAAUGCCACUCACCUUUCUCCAGAGAAUAUGUUGUCAAAUGAUGUCUCAACGCUGGUGGAAGAAGCUCGAUCGUACAAAGAUAAAGGCCAGGAAAUCCCAGACGCUCUGUGGGCCAGGAUCAUCCAGGAGCGACUGUCAAAAGUGGACUGCGUGAAACGAGGCUGGGUGCUGGAGGGGUUUCCCCGCACAAGAGAUCAGGGCUUACUGCUGCAGAUGAACGGCUCGUCUCCUAAUCAUUUCGUGGUGCUAGAAGCCCCAGAUAUUGUCCUUAUUGAGCGAAACAUGGGAAAGAGAGUUGAUCCCACCACUGGAGAGGUGUACCAUACAACCUUCGAUUGGCCAGAUGAUCCAGAAGUACAAAAAAAUUUAGUGGAAGCAGAGGGGAUCUCAGAGGAGGAAACUGGGCAGAAAUUGCUAGAAUAUCAUAGAAAUGUUGCCGGAAUUCUUCGCACCUUUUCAAAGAUACAUAAGAAGAUCAACGCUGACCAACCAUGCAUGGAUGUCUUUUCUCAAGUUCUGACCUUUGUUCUAACCAAGCCGCGCUCUCUGGCCCCUCAUACGCCACGCGUUCUUCUCUGCGGGCGGCCAGGAAGUGGAAGGAGCCUACAGGCUGCAUUCCUGGCCCAGAAAUACAAUAUUGUGAACAUUUCUUGUGGCCAGUUGCUAUUGGAAAAUGUUGCUGACCAGACAAAGCUUGGACAGUCGAUUGAGCCGUAUAUCGAGAAUGAACAGCAAGUUCCGGAUAAUCUUGUCCUGAGGGCCCUCACUGAUCGUCUCAGCAGGCUGGAGUGCAACACACAUGGCUGGGUACUUCACGGAUUCCCAAGAGACCUGGAGCAGGCCAGUCUACUGAACGACGCCGGCUUUAUUCCCAACAGGGUUUUCUUCCUGGAUAUCCCAGACGAUGUUGCUGUGGAGCGUCUGUCUUUGCGUAUGACAGAUCCGGUCUCUGGAGAGAGGUAUCACAGCCUCUACAAGCCGGCCCCGAGAGUAGAGGUUCACAAUCGUCUUCAGCGGAACCCCAAGGACGCAGAGGAAACUGUUGGGGCGAGGUUAGACAUGUAUCAUGCUAAUGCCGAGGAGCUGGAGGAAUUUUAUCAAGAUGUCAUUCAUGUUAACGCUGAUCAAGACCCAUACACCGUCUUUGAGUUUAUUGAGAGCUGCAUUGUCAAGCCCCUUCCCAAGAGCCUCCCUGGGGACUCUCCAUCUCCCUAAUCACUGGCAGCAUAUACAGCGCUCCCUAUUAGCUUAAAUUAGCUAGCGCUGAUCCACAAGGUGUGCUUUUAUUCCACCUAAGGCUGCCGAGUCUCUGCACCUACCAAGUUCAGCAGUGUCAUCGUGGAACACCAACCUCAAAUAUAAACUGACGGUGUUCACUUAGACACAUUUAAAUGACAAUUAAAUCUUUUAUUUGAUCGGUU